UUCAUUCACAGAGCAACUCAAUUGGUCGAGGGAUCUUAUUCAUAGAGUAAGGCUAAUUGCCAUCCGAUACAAUAUCACUUCUUCGCUUACUAUACCUUUAUUGCCUGUUGAAAGACUCGUUCAAUCCCUGGGCCACAUCUAUACUUCUGCCGGACUCCGAUAACCCAAUCUACUAUUAAUUAGUAUUAGAUACACCUCGAAAAAGAAACAAAACGAGUCUUCCGUGAGCAGGAGAGACAAAGGAACAGCAUGCCAUACAUCCAACCGGACUCUCCCCCAGUCUCCCUCAAACCUGAAGCUUCAGCUGCAGCUUCCCCGGGCAAUGGCUUCGAGAACCUCGUCCAAGCUCUCAGCGACGCUCUGGGUCCGAGCUCGGGUCUCGAUUCCGAUGAUAUCGACCCUAUGGACAUCCUCCGCCUAAUGGAACAAUACGAUUCCAAUCCAGAUGAAUGGCUUCCUUUCGCACUGGGCGAUCCCAAAAAGAACUAUACCAGGAACCUCAUCGACGAGGGAAAUGGCAAAAGUAACCUGUUAAUCCUAGUCUGGACCCCCGGAAAAGGAAGCGCCAUUCACGACCACGCCAACGCACACUGCGUUAUGAAGAUCCUAAAAGGCUCUCUCCAAGAAACUCUCUACGCAUGGCCAGACCAAGACAAACUUCAACACGGAGAAUCCUCUCCCCCGGCGAUCAAAAAGGAGACCGUGUACACUGAGAACCAGGUGACUUAUAUGUCUGAUAAGUUGGGUCUACAUCGGAUAUCGAAUCCGGAUGAGAAUGAAGUUGCGGUGUCGUUGCAUUUAUAUACACCCCCCAACGCAGCAACACGCGGCUUCUCCAUCUUCGAUGACAAGACCGGCAAGGCGAGUCAUAUUAAAUCGUCACAUCUGUAUUCGGUGAGAGGGAGGCGGUGUUGAGGUCUUUGUUUUGUCUGGGGAUGUGGUGUUGCGUAUAACAGCGUGUCUUUCCUACUUCUUGUUUCUUUCGCCAUUAUCCUCGUUCUUCCUUGCAGAUAUACCAUUCUUAUUCUUAGACUGCCGGUUGGCCUUGAUUGACCAUCACCAUUGAGCUGGCUAGAUUGUUACGUUGGCGUU